GCAACGACUGGGUGUCUGUCUCCUCUUACGUAAAGAUGAGGCCGGGAGAGGCCGGGCUCGUGCAUAUAAAUACCGACUUCAAGACAACAAAGGAAGUACAUCAUUCCAAGAUAUCUAUCUGUGCACUGGAGCAGCCCUCAUAAUCCCAACAACUAUGGCAGAUCAAAGCUUCAAAAAGGAGUUCCUUGAAACCCAUAACGCCUACAGGGCGAAGCAUAACGCGCCACCAAUGACUUUCAACAGCGAGCUGAGCGCUUCAGCUCAGAAAUGGGCUGAUCACCUGCUGGCAAUCUCUGCCCUGCAACACAGUGACACCAAGGACGGAGAGAAUAUCUACAACAUGUUCAGUUCAAGUACCAUUAAGCUUACAGGGAAAGAGGCUGUAGAUUCCUGGUACAGCGAGAUCAAGGAUUACAAAUGGAGCAACCCUGGAUUCAGCAGCAAUACUGGUCAUUUCACUCAGGUGGUGUGGAAAGACAGCACUCAACUGGGCGUGGGCUUGGCCACUGACGGCAACAAGGUCUUUGUGGUUGGGCAGUACCGGCCAGCUGGCAAUGUGAACGUCAAGGAAUACUUUCAGAAAAAUGUCCUUCCACAAGAUGGCAGAGAGAAGGGCGGAGCCAAUAACACCUCCAGUGCGGGAGGUGGAGUGAAGCCAAGGAAAACCUGCGCACUGCUGUAGAUGACCCGGACCUUCCCUGCAACCACAAGCACACCUGUUAAAUAUUCCAUGUUAAGAAUAAACAAACACAUCAAAUAAAAACCCUGGUCUUAGAAAAC